GUAGUGUAGUGUUCGGUUGUUCGCCAGAGAGGAAGGUUUGUGUUUUUCACAGUUUUUUUUUUAAAUUUCAAAAAAAAGAAAGAAAAAAAAGAAAAACCGACCUCUCAAUGUGACCGAUUAAAAUAAAAAAAUUUUUUUCUAUUAAUUUUCUGUGUGAAUAUCCUGAAGGCGUAGGGGUGUCGCAAAGACGUUCGGGACUAAAUAAGAAAGAGAGAGAGAGAGAGAGAGAGAGAGAGAGAGAGAGAGAGAGAGAGAGAGAGAAAAAAGAAGGUACAGAAAAAUAAAAUAAAUAAAAACUAAAGAGAAAAUACAAGAGAUCCGACACCAAACUCGUUGGGGCAAAAGCGACCAGGACUCUCGAGACACAGGUAUUCCAGUGUCGCCUGUAUACAUGCAUACAUUAUUAUUGUUAUAAGUCCCGGCAGCAGGUGCAACGUGGAAACCUCAUACCCUCUUUUCAAAAGUUGAACCAAUUUUGACUUGCCCACCCGCAUAGUUAGUCGAUAUAUAUAUAUAUAUAUAUACAUACUUUAAUGUGCUGUGAUAAAAAUUCUGUGAUAUUGUGCGUGCAAUAAUUUUUUAUUUUCCCAGGCCUAAAAAAAAAUAAAGGACAUUGUUUCUCUUUCUCUCUACAAGACAACAAAAAGAAAAAAAAAUUUUCUAACAAAGAAGAAUAGUGAAAUAUAAUUCUGUAUGAAGAAAAAAGGCAAAAGUAACUUGAGGACUAUUGUCAGGUGUUGUUGAAUCAUUUUGGAUUUAAUAUCUCUACAUCUCAUAUCAUUCUGGCCUGGAAUAACAACAGGUGGUUGACAACGGCGUCAAUACGAGCGGAACAUCAGAGAAUCUCGACUUCCGACAGUGGAGCAAAUACCUGACCAAGAAUGAGAUUGUUGCAGAGAGUGGCCAUCACUGGUCUAUUGUCAGUGAUGCUGAUCCUUCUCUUGACGGGUGCAUUCAUUUCUCGUUAUGAUCUAAGUGGUAUUGUUGAUCGUGGCAUUGGUCCUCAGGAGCAUGCUGAACAAUUAAAUUCUGCAUGGCUUCAGGAAAAUGUCAUUUCAGAUCAAUAUAAUGAAAGAGGCGAUGGCAAAGGAUAUAAUUUAAAUCCAAAUGUUGUCGUUAAUGUAAGACACAGACAUCAUGUAGAACCAUCGGCGGUUGGUCCACCACCAAUUACACAUCCAGGAAAAUAUCCAAUUCGUCCACCAAAUCCUCCAUUAGACGAUGUUACAUAUCAACGAAGAGAAAAAGUUAAAGAGAUGAUGAAAUAUGGUUGGGAUAACUACAAAAGGUAUGCCUGGGGCAAAAAUGAACUCAGUCCAGUCACCAAGAAGGGACAUAGUCCAAGCAUUUUUUCAAAAGCAUCAAUGGGUGCAACAAUUGUCGAUGGUUUGGAUACACUUUACAUUAUGGGACUUCAUGAAGAGUAUAAAGAAGGACAUAAUUGGAUUCGUGAUCAUUUGAAUUUCGAUGUUGAUUCGGAGGUUUCGCUGUUUGAGACAAAUAUUCGUUUCAUGGGAAGUCUCUUGACGUGCUAUGCACUUACAGGAGAUCCAAUGUUUCGAAAUAAAUCACUUGAGCUUGGAAUUCGAAUGUUACCUGCUUUCAACACGGAAACAGGAAUUCCUUAUUCUCUCAUAAACCUUCGUACAGGGGCCAGCAAAAACUAUGCAUGGGCCAGCAGUGGUUGUAGUAUUUUAUCCGAAAUCGGAACAAUGCAUCUUGAAUUUUCCUAUCUCAGUGAUAUCACUGGAAAUUCAACAUUCAGAGAUAAGGUGCAAAAAGUGAGAACCGUUUUAAAAAAUAUGGAAAAGCCCAAAGGUCUCUAUCCCAACUAUAUUCAUCCUAAAACUGGAAAAUGGGGUCAACAACACAUGUCAUUGGGAGCCUUAGGAGACAGUUUUUAUGAAUAUCUUCUAAAAGCAUACAUUCAAUCGGGAAAAACCGAUGUUGAAGCUAAAGAAAUGUAUGAAAAAGCAAUGGAUGCAAUUGAAGAGCACAUGGUUCUUAAAUCCCCAGGUGGAUUGACUUAUGUUUCUGAUAUGAAAUUCGAUCGAGUGGAUAGAAAAAUGGGUCAUCUUGCUUGUUUUGCUGGUGGAAUGUUUGCAUUGGGUGCAAAAACACAGGAUCAAUUUACAAAAAGUAAGAGAAUAAGACAUAUGGAAAUUGCCGAAGGAUUGACGCAUACAUGUCAUGAAUCGUAUGAUCGUACACCGACAAAAUUAGGUCCUGAAACUUUUCAUUUUAUCGAAGGCAAUGAAGCAAGAAGUUUGAAGAGUGGAGAAAAAUAUUAUAUUUUACGACCCGAGACGUUUGAAUCGUACUUUAUACUGUGGCGUUUGACAAAGGAUCAGAAAUAUAGAGAAUGGGGAUGGGAAGCUGUUCAAGCACUGGAAAAACAUUGUCGUGUCCCUGGAGGAUUCACGGGACUUCAAAACGUUUACACGGUGGAUUCACCGAAGGACGACGUCCAGCAAAGUUAUUUUUUUGCAGAAACCCUCAAGUACCUCUAUUUACUCUUCAGCGAUGAUUCCUUAAUAAGUCUGGACGAUUGGGUUUUUAAUUCUGAAGCUCACAUUAUUCCCAUCAAAGGAAAUCCUUAUUAUCGUGCGCAUUCUUCUUUAUAAAUAAAAAAAAAAAUAGAUGCAUCACAAUAGUAACAAUUGCAAUUUUGAUAUGAACUAAUGAAAAAAAAAAAAAAAAUGAAAAUCUUCAGAAUUAUUCUUUGACUUUUAUUCCAUCAAUUCAAAGAUGGAAUUAUGCAAAAGAAAACACUCAUUUAUCUCAAAUUAGAUAAACGAGUUCUUGACUGGAGUUAUUAGUCAAUCAAGAGAAACGACCUAUAAUAGACAAACAAAUGCCAGAUGUUAUAAUUUCUCUUGUAGAAUAAUUAUACAAAAAAAAAAAAAAAAAAAGUAACUACUUUAUUAAAGUAGCAAAAAAAGGUCGAUAUUUAAGUCUGCAUUGUAAAUAGCGAGAAAGUGAAAAAAAAAUAUUGUAAGUGUGUGAGUGUUUUAUUGUUCCCAAAAUUCCAUUUUGUCAUUAAUGAAUUUAUUUGUAAAAAUUUGUUUUAUGUGUAGAUGUUUGUUUUUGUAUUUUUUCGUUAAUGUUUUUUUCGUGACUAUAAAUUGACGAGCUAUCAUUCUAUAAAUAGUUAUUUAGGUAGUCGAUGAUAAUUACUGCAUUUGUUAACAAAAAAAAAAAUAAUCAUCGUCUUCCUUCAUUAUUUUAUUCUUUAGAAUUAAGUUUUAACUAUUAUUUUACACAUGCACAUUUCAUAAAUAUAUUUUUCUUCCAAAAAAUAAAAUUAAAGCUACAAACGACUGCCUAGAAGCUAAUAAUAUUUAGUCAAUUCCUAUGAUCGCUUCGUCUAUAUUAAAAUAAAACAUUUUGUUUAAAGUUUUGUCAUCUAGUGUAAUAUGUAAAAAUGCGAGUUUUUCUUGUAUAACAAAACUGUGAGUCAUUUUCUUUUUUUUUUGUUGUUGUAAUAAUGUAGCACAUAAUAAUCAGUGAAAAGUAUGUCAUGCGAAUAGAAUUGUAUAUAUAUAUUGAAAGAUUUAAAGAAAGUCAUAUUCUAUAUGCGAUUUAGCGAAAAAAAAAAAAAUGUAAGCCUGACAUAUAUUUCAGGCAAAAGGAAAAAAAUAAAACCCAAUUGAGAAAUGCGUCAAGUUGAAAUGACAUUAUAUAUCAAAUUUCUUCGCUGUUGCAUAAAAUUUUUCAAUUUCUUUUUUCUUCGUACAAAAUAUUAUACAUUUGAAAUUUUGUAAUUUUACACUUUUAAAACAAAAUUUGAAAUUUCCAGCAAUGUUUGGAAUUAUUUUUUCAUUUUUAAUUUCCAUUUAACGCAUUUCUCUUCCAGUUAAUGAAAAAAAAAUUUUUUUUUUUCUCUUUCUAAGACUGGAAGAUGAGAGAAGUGAGAGAUAUAUAAUUAAAUUGCACAUAAUUUGUUUAUUUUUACGCACGUGUACUAUUUCAAAGAAAUGUUAUCAGAUAAUUUUGAUAACCAAUCAUAUAAUAGUAACGGAAAAAAAAACAAAUUAACAGCGACUUAGGGCCUGUGAAUUACUUAAUAUAUAAUUACGAAUUUUGUUAUGAGUGUUGAAAAAAAAAUAUAUGCCAAGGAGAAUAUUUACAAAAAUUGAAACACUUUUUUUUUAAUCAUCAAAUUAUUGGUAUUUGUUGUUCUUUGCAAAAAUAUUUACAAGUAGAAUUUUUUUCAAAAAUUUAUAAUGCACUCGAGAAUUAUGCAAAACGACUGGUUCAUUAAUUAACGCAUCACUUUUGAGCAUAAAGUAAAUGUAAGAUUUUUUUUUUUUAGUCAUAUUCCCAGAAAAAAAACCGGAGUAAAUUAACAAUUUUUGUAAACUGUUAAAUAUAACUUAUGAAUACAAUUACUAUACCAUUUAGAUUGUGUCUAUGCGAUAAUAUAAUGAAAGCGACAGGAAAAAAAAAAGUAACGAUAACAUUUAUGAAUGAGGUGAUGAUUAUUUUAAUUUUUUUUUCUAGACAACUUAUACAUACUCCUGUGAAUAGAUAUUUAAUAAUUUAUUGUUAACUAAAGUAUUUUAUUUUUCACAAUUAUAAGUAAAACGGGAUUAUGGGUAUGAACGUAAUACGUAAAUUUCACGCGUUUCUUUCUAUUAAAAAAAAAAAAAAAUAAAUUGAAUGAAAAUGUACAAUAAACAACUUGAAUAAACAUUAAAUAUAUAAUUUUUCAAUUAAAAUAGCAAUAUAUAUAUGUAUGAUUAAUGAAAAAUUUAAAAGCGAUGUUUAUUCAAGUUUGUUUUUUUAACAAUCACAUUUUAUACACGUUUUUGAUUUGAGAAAAAAAAAAGGUUUGGAAUAAAAAAUUUUAUUAAAAGAAAAAAUAAAUUUGACUCUAAAAAUUAUACCAUAAAAUAAAUUGUGCGACGAAUAAUUUCAAUAUUGUAAAUAUGAAUAUAUGCGGUAGCAAUAAUUGGGUUACUUUAAUAUUAUGUGAUUAAUUACACUAUCAUGAAUGAAUUAAAUAAAUAUUGAUAAUAUAUUA